AUGCUAGUGCGCAUGGAGGUUGGUUCAAAAGCUCGUGCUGAGAAGAUCCGAACCUACAAUUUCCAACAUGACAGGGUAAUCGAUCAUCGACUACAACUACAGGGAAAGGCAGGCUACAGGGCACUUCCAGAAGAUGCCUUGGAUAGAACGUCCAAUAAAGGCAACGGAUUCUAUGUCGGCAUGAGAUUAACGAUUGGAAGAGAAGGACGAUGA